AGAAGAGAAGAACUCCUAACAAGAAGCUUCUUCGAUUCUCAGAACGAGAAUAUAAAAAUACCAAAGAGGACUGAGUCAACGAGAAAAUAGGGAAGUGGUGAACAGUCAUCUUUCCGACGCUCAGUGAAGCUCACAGCAGAUGUGUGUGUGUGUGUAUGAGAGAAGUGUGAUAUUUUUCGUUUCUCUUCGAUCCUCGAGAAACAGCAUCCAUGGGUCUGUUACGUCAGUACAUGUGGCUGUGGGUGAUAAUUGUGGUGCUUUUUGGGAGCUUCAUCAUCAUCAUCUUCUUCCUCCUCAUCAACAGGUGCAUCUCCAGAUCAGGAAAACAAAGCAUCUCACAUCUUCAGAGACGAACGGUUGUCAACAAACAUAGCAACACGUACCAGGAGACAAACCUACAAAGUGUCACUCCUCCUCUGCCUCCUCGGACACAGUUUCUCAUGGCUGAGGCACAAAGCUAUGAGAACCUGGCUGACUCACCUGCAGACGGAAAGAAUAAGAAGAACAACAAUACACCGCUUGUUGAUGACUACGAGCAGGCUCUGAAUGACUACGAGCAGCCGCAGGAGGAAUAUGUGCAGCCUCUGGAUGACUACGAGCAGCCGCAGGAGGAAUAUGUGCAGCCUAAGGAUGACUACGAGCAGCCUGAGGAGGAAUAUUUGCAGUCUAAGGAUGACUACGAGCAGCCUGAGGAGGAAAAUGUGCAGCCUAAGGAUGACUACGAGCAGCCUGAGGAGGAAUAUGUGCAGCCUAAGGAUGACUAUGAGCAGCCUGAGGAGGAAUAUGUGCAGCCAAAGGAUGACUACGAGCAGCCUGAGGAGGAAUAUGUGCAGCCUCAGGAUGACUACGAGCAGCCUGAGGAGGAAUAUGUGCAGCCUCAGGAUGACUACGAGCAACCACAGGAGGAAUACCUUCAGCCUCUGGACGUAGACUUGCAGUCUCAGGAGAUCCUCUCUCCUCCGUUCAAUAACAAAGAUCCAUCAAUGGACAACGUUUCCAUGGAGGAUUACGACGACAUCGGAGGUGAAGACGAAAACCAGGGUGAAGAGGACUACGACGAUGUGGGUUAAACAACCCAUGAGAGACUGAGAGUUUGACCCGAGUGACCCUUUCUCAUCCAGAUCCUACAAGAGCAGAGAGACGAGGACAACUUCAACUUUGUUUUCAUGAACAAGGUGAAAUGAAUGGGGAGAAAAGUAUAAAGAUCUGCUCUGAAAUCUGCUGAAUAGAAAGCCCUAGAAUCACAUGUGCAAAUGUGAAAUGCCAGCUACUGAAUAUAAGUAUACAUUUGUUUUUAUAAAGGUGACUUUUGAGUGAGCAUUCAGGUUGUUCUUGAGUAAAAUAAACCUUAUUUUUGCAUGAUGAAUGCCCAUUGACAGUUGGAGAAUUCAAUGGACUCUGAUGGACACCUUUUCUACUGGAGAAAUUGCCUCUAAAUGAGCAAAGACUGCUGAGAGAAGCUUCUGUGGCUCCAGGGUCAAGAAAUGUUUGAAAGUUGCAAAGUCUUAUCAAACUUCAUUCCCGGGUUUUAGUAGAUUUUUGUUGGCUAUGACUUGCAUAAAAAUAUUAAUUGGCAUUAUUAUUAUCAUCACAUGCAGCCAUGCAAAUUCCUGUGUGAUUUCAGGCACAGAAUCUUCCUGCCACUAACAUAUCCAUUAGACAUGAAUAUUUUUGGCAAGUCUACAACUUGGUCUACAACCACUUUAUUACCAGUUUUGUUACAGAUUGCUUCUUUCUUAAAGUUAUCAAAACAAAGUGAAUCACAAAAACAAUAAAACUGAGAUCAAUAGCAA